UGAAACAUUCAUUUCUCACUCGAGAAGCAGAGCAACAGCAAAACAGAUCUGUGAGGUUCUAAAAUGGAAAUGGAAAUGAAAAUGGGUUUUGACCUAAUUUUGGUGGAACUAAUUAAUUGCAGGAAGGGGAUCGAGUAUAGCCAGAAAUCUUCCAUGAAGUGAUGUCUGUUGUUGGUGCUAUAAGUACUGAUUAGACAAAUCUAAAUUUUGGGGGUUUUCUUAUUCAAGGUUGGGCUUAAUUGGUAGUUGUUCUUGCGAACUAAAAUUGAAUCCAAACAGAAGAUUAACUUGGUGCUACCAAUCAUUUAAUGGAAGAAGUAAACUGAACUGGAGAUAAGUUCCAUGGGUUUUGUUCGUGAUGGAAGUAAGUGGUUUUGCAGACGUGAUUGAAGAUGACAGCAAGACAAAGAAAGGGAUUUUGGCAUCUGGCAUCGACUGAAAUUGGGUUACUGGAUGUGCGAAAUUGGGAAGGAGUGAAGUGUUUUAAUGGAUGAUUCAAUUGAUUGCAGUUGGUAGUGGUGAUGGAUUUCCUCUACCAGUAUGAAGAGAAGGAACUGAUGAUAUUCGGUGAUUCAAAUUAGUGUUGAUGCCAUCGAUUCGUGGUUUUGUACGAGAAGAUCAAGCAACGGAUUUUGGGGGUUUUGGCAUCAAUUGAAAUUGAGUCUUGUUAUGGGUGAAAUUGGUGUUUGCUGGUCUGAGUACACAGUGGUGAUGAGAAGUUCAGAGUACAGGGAAAUUGAGUCGUGUUUUGGUUGAUUCGAAGUAGAUGCAAUUCUCAAAAUGGUGGUUGUAUGGGAAACUUGGAUUGGAUUAAAUGGGUGUCCUGAGGUUAAAUGAAAUUGAGAUUUGUUCUUGAGCUGAAACACGAUGGACAGUUACUGGUGGCUGUUACAGUUUUGGGAAGACAACUCACGAUGGCAAUAAAGACGAGAUCGAUUAUUUUGAAGGUUCAUUUCAGUGAAGUAUAUUGACUGCAGUCGGCGAGAGCAUCAAGUACUAACCAGUGUUAGUGGAGUUGGUGCUAUAGACAUGGGUCUGGUGCUUGAGAAAAUGUCGCAAUGGAAACAAACAGGUGAAGUUGGAGCCUAUAUGGACAGAGACCAAGAUGUGGUUGACAGUGGCUGGAAUUUACUGAUGGCCUGCAUUUGGAGUCGCGUUCUGGUGGUUGGAUUGGGCUUUUCUCUCAUAAAUAGGAAGCACCACAUAUACAAGGGGACGCAGGUACCUUAUUGAGUUUUAUUCUCUCGGAAACCGGCAGAAAAGCUCGCUAAGUUUUUGCAAGGUAUCAUGAGGCUUCCAAAGAAACCUACGCGUAAGGGUCCGAAGAUAUCUUCGUCGACUGAUCCCCCUCCGAGAAUGGAUCAUCCUGAUGCUACACCAUCUCCUCCUCCUAAGGACUCUGAGGUGCCUGCUGGUACUGAGGUGGCUACGGUUGCUGAGGGGGUUGCGUAUCAUGAUGUUGAAGAAGUUGUUUUUGAAGACGUUCCGCCUCCUCCUCCUCACUAUGAGCUUCAGAGGCUCCAACUGCGUGACAAGGACAGCUGUGCUCAUCUGUCUAUUGCUGAGAAUACCAAGUAUUUUCGCCUCCAUAAAUUCGAGAUUUCCUUCGUCAAUGGACCUGAUGUUCUCACUGAGCCUCUCAUCCGGGAUUUUCCUUAUGAUGAGAAUAACCUCCUCAUUAGCGUUGGCCAAUUGGCCGCAGGUAUGCUCCUCCCUUUGUUUAGUAGAAAGGAUCCCUUCUACUAUGAUGUUUUGUCUUCGAGGGAUGAACCGGCAAACAAGACUCAGGUUAGAGGAGUUAUGCAAUAUACUGGUAAUUGUCGGCGUGCCCUUCACGAAAGCUGGUACCAUAGCAAGGGAAAAACAACCCUGGAGUCUUAUGAUCACUUUGCUGAGGGGAGAUCUAAGCGGGAGGAUUAUACCCCUGCCAACUUCAAUGCUACGUAUGCUGAUGCUAUUCAGAAGAGUAAUCUUCUUCCUUGGAGUGUUGGUCCUCGUCGUAUCCAUGUUACUGCUAGGCAGAUUAGGGAAGGUAAUAGCCUUCGCUUGCUGGAGGAGAUUGAUAAGACUGGUUUGACUACCAUCCCCAAUUCUGCUAGGCUGUCUUUGCCAAAGUCUGAUCGCAUUCGUCUUGAUCACGAUGAUUGUUGGGCUCGUACUCCUCUUCGUGUGGUUGGUCCUUGGGCUUAUGGUUUUACCACCGCGGAUCCCUCAGUUCCUCGUUCAGCUCGUUCUUUGCCCGAGAAGUAUGAUAGGUAUCGGCCUUGGAUUUUUAAUCCUGCCCCUUCCCAUGAGUCUGCCCCUGCUUCUUCUGCUGAGACUGCUCCAGGUUCUGCUGGUAAUUUUGUGGCCACAAGGACUAGGAAGAGAAAGGCUUUGGUUAAAACGCUUGCGGAGUCUUUCCUGAAAAAGGGUAAGUUGAAGACCGUCAUUGAUCUUAAUGUUUUGGAUGAUGAUCCUAAGGAUGUCGGUGAGGUACCAGGUGACGAAGACAUGGAGGAUAUCGAGGAUACUGGCCUCAGCCCUCAUUUGGAUGAUAUCGAGGAGGAUUUUUCCAAAGAUAACCCUAGUCCCGUCCGAGCUACCUCAGUUGAGGGUGAGAACCUUCUUGUUGGUUUUGGUGCUCAGUUGGUAGAGUCCGUUAGUGUUCAAGACUCUGCACCUACGCUGUCCUUGAAGAUGCCUUCGUUUUCUGCUCCUAGCAAGGAUUUGCCCGUUACUUCCGUCGCUGCUGGAACUGCUGUUGUGGCUUCUAAAAGUCUGUCUUCGUCUCCUGCUACCUCCCUUCAAUCAAGUGGUUUGGUUUCUAAGGUUGUUACCCCCACGGUGAGGGUUGGUAGCUCAGAUUCGCAGCAGAAGAAGAAGGUUGUGAUUUCACUAACUAUCUUCUCCUUCAAUGCUGCUCCUGCUUCACUAGGGAGUGCUCAGUCUGUCUCUAUUGCCCCCAUUAGCAAAGUUGUUGGACCCCCACCUUUGUCACCAGAUUGGACCGUACUGGGUAAUCUUCCUUCUGCCGGUGACAUGGAUUUGGGCGGCUCUCAAGAUCCUCUUUCUGUUCCUAGCUCAUCCAUCAUGCCAUCUCUUCGUCGUGGUGAGGGUUUAGCAUUCGUGCCCCUUGCUCGUGUUCAAACAAACGAGGGAGAUGCCGCUGAAUCUAGCCAAGGUAGGUUGCUGGAGAGCUUGAGCUUAGGUAGUUCUGAUGACGCUAUUCUUGAGGAUAUCCUACGAGAUUCCAAGGGUCUCUUUUCUGUUGGAGUUGAUCAUCAUCAUCUUGGUAGUUCUUUCGAGAUAGCUUCGCAGCUGGACGUGUUAUCUGCCCAGUAUAGUGCUGCCAAAGACUUUUUCUUUGACCCUGAUUGUCUCCGCUCCAGUCAGAGCUUUGGUGAGAUCCGUAUGGGUAGCAUCCAGGAGAUAGAGGAUUUCAUGGAUACCUACGCCAACUUUCUCCCUCGUCUUUCAGCGUUCUCACUUUGCAAGCAGAUCGAUGUUGGUUAUACCUUAUUCAAAGUUUAUAGGUCUAAGUGCACUCAUUUGAGUGCCCUGUUGGAACGUGCUCGUCAAGAGUAUUCUCUUGAUGUUGCUCAGCAGCCUUCGUCGGGUGAUGCUACUUCUGCUGCUAAGAUAUCUUCAUUGGAGGAUGAUCUGGGGAAAACUCAGAGGUCUCUGGAAGCUUGUUUAUUGUCUCUUGAGAGAGCUAAUAAUGCUGCUAAGGUUGCCGAGGAUGGUCGCAAAGCUGCUGAUACUGCCUUAGCUGCUGAGUCCUCUAAAUCCAUAGCCGGCAGCUCUAGUGAACUUAGAUGUCUCCAAGAUCAAGUGGCCAAGUUAACCUCCGACGUCUGGUAUUAUCAAAAGAAGUCUGAUAUGUUGAUGAACGUAAUUGUUCAUAAUGAGGCCCAAUUUCCCUUUGAGUCCGCCCAUAAUGCAGGCUUAGUGAAGCAGAUGGCUUCGCUUCGUAAGGAGUGUGACGAAGCUUUUAGCUGGAAGGAGAGUCUUAUUUUAAAGAGAAAGGAAGAUAUUACCUUAGUCGAGAAACGUCUUUCAGCCCAAGAAAUUAUUCAUAAGAAAUAUCAUGUCGAUUUUGAAGAUGCUUGUGCUUCCUUAGCUAAGGUUACUGCGGAGCGUAAUGUAUUAACUUCUGAGGUCCGUUCUCUUAAGAAAAAACUUGUUGAUGCCAGCUCCGUGCCUUCUUCCAUGUCUCAUGCAUCCUUAGUAAAAAGGUUUGAAGAGUUAGAGAAUGUGUACCAAGCUUUAUCCUCUAAGAAUGUUUCGCUCCGGAUAGAUGUUGAUGAUCUUCGGACGGAAAGGGAUACCCUCGUGGAAGACCUUGACGCGACUGAGGUGGAUCUUGUUGAGGCUCAACAUUGUUUAGAAGAGUCCCUUAGCCAUGCCGGAGGUUUCAAGAGCAGUUGGUGGGUGCAAAUGCCAAGAGGGUCAGAUAUAUCAGUUGGAAAUAUAUCGCCAGUUUGAUGUUGCUGCUAAGUUUAAAGCCGAGGCACUUCAGUAAGCUAAUGAUCAGCUUAACGCUCAGAUCAUGGAGCUCCAUCAGAAAUCGGCUUCGGACAUAGAGGCGCAAGCUUCUCAAAUGAAAGUGCAGCUCGAGCGUUCUGCCAUUGAUUACAUUAAUGAUGCUUUUGCGGAGGCUGAGCUCCAAGCUGAGGGUGUUGUCUUCCCUCGUCUUCCUUACCCAUGAUUAUGUUAUGUUGACUUUAUUUUCAACUGAACUCCUUUGUUGUAUUAUGCCCCCAGAUGAGGGGCCUUUGUUGUCUCCUUUCCUUGAAACAAUGCUUCGUUACUUUCUGAACCUUUGUCAUCUGCAACUUUUGAGAUUUGUUAGUUUUAUUUUGGUAGUA